AUGCGAGAGUAUUGGCAGAAAAAGCCUCUGCUGAUGCGGCAGGCGAUACCGAACUUUCGACCGCCGCUGGAUGGGAACGAAAUCGCUGGUUUGGCGUGCGAGGAGGACGCGAGCGCGCGCAUCUUCGUGCGCGAGGGGGACGACGAGCAGUCGUGGAGGAAGAAGAUUGGACCGUUCGAAGAAAGUGAUUUGACAUCCUUACCCGAAGACAAGCCGUGGAGCCUGAUCGUUAACGAUUUGGACGUGCAGGCGCAACCGUUUGGGGACAUGUUGGAACUCUUCAACUGUUUUCCGCGUUGGCGAAUUUCUGAUAUUCAAGCGAGCGUAUCACCGGACGGCGGGGGCGUAGGACCGCACUCCGAUCACUUUGAUGUAUUUCUUCUUCAAGCCGAAGGCGAAAAAGUUUGGGCCGUGGCGGAUAACGAGGAGUACUGGCCAGAUAAUGAUGCGGCAUUUGUCCCAGAAUGUGAAAUUCGCGUGCUCAAAAGCUUUGUCGAGGACGAUUCCUUCACGUUGGUUCCGGGUGAUAUGCUUUACUUGCCCCCCAAAAUCGCUCACAACGGCGUGGCGACGAACUCAAAACCAGGCGUGAGCGUAACGUUGAGUAUAGGCUUUCUAGCGCCGACGACGGAUGAACUCGUCUUGUCUUACACGCAACGAGCAUCUGAAAAAUUGAAGGGCUCGCGUUGGUCCGAUCCUUGGCUCAAACCGGUCGAAGACGUCGGUGCAAUAUCCGCUGAAUCUAUCACGUAUGCAUCGGAGAUAAUUAAGCGCACGUAUCCGAAGAAUGAUGCCGAAGUGGCGCGUUGGUUUGGUUGUCACACGACGGCGCGCACCGGCGAGGACGACGACGCGGACGAGAACGAAGUGAGCAUCGAAGAACUAUUAGCGGCUUGGGAACACCAAGGUCUAGUCGCGAGAGAAGAUUUACGCUUCGCUUUCGUGGAAAAGGUUGCGGAUGAUAGUUUGAAGAACGCGCUGUUUUUCGCAAACGGAGAAUGUUGGGAUGUCGUCAGCCCGGCCGCUGUGAAAACAGCCACCGUCAUCGCAAAUAGAGGCGAGCUUUACGAAGAAGACACGCAGACGGAGGAGUGUGAUUUCGAUGAUGAAGCCUUAAAGCUCGCACUAACGCUAUUUGAGCGUGGUUAUCUCUAUUUCCCCGAGGAUGAAGACGAUUAA